AUGGCCAGACAGUAUGGUGUUUAAAUAAGACAGUAAUGCGCCCUGUUCUCUUUAGAGGACACACUUCAAGUGCUGUCCCCCUUCGGACUGAGUAGCGUAUAGUGAUGCUCACUUUCGAAUGUAACUGAUUCAUUAUGAAGGCUGUUCAGCGUUGAGCCUGCUGCUGUGCGCACGCGAGAAAGUGAACCGGUUGGAUAGGACGAAGACGCGUAACCCGCGUGGGAACCGCACGAAUUAGUUUACACCAGCGAACUCUGCUCGUGCGUCUGCGAUACUUUUUACAAUUGUCAUCACAUUCUGCUCGCAUUUAGCCGCACGCGCGCAAAAUCAGAACAUCUGUUUCCCUUAUCCGCGCUCAGUGACGUCUCCUCGCUGUCAUAUAGGGGCUUCAUGUGAACGCAUUACUGUUGACCGAUGGGACACACACAGAGGGUCACUCUCGGUGUGAAGAGGCAACGUGAAAAGGAUCUGCCGUGUUUACAAGGAACGAAGCAAUUUGGAAAAGAAACGGAGCAAAUAGUGGCAGCACUAUCGGAAAAGUUCAGUUCCAGCUGCACGGGAGCAGGUCGAAACGCUUACCAUAUCUAACAGGGAACACUGUCUGAGUGUUGCGCGUGACUAAUAUCGGGUCUGAAUAAACCGUUUACACCUGCCUCCGAGGACUAUAAGAAAUCAAACCGGACAGAAGAUUAUUUACUGAGGAUAUAGUGUACACUUGAAUCCCUAAAUAAUAAGGAUAUAUCGCCUGUAUUAAUAAUAACUCAUCUGGAACUGGAUGAAAAUGAGGCAGCGACUCAAAUGCGCGCAAAAUCCACCCGUUUAUUUCCAGUUGUAGGUGCUGCCCUGGCCAUCCUUGGGGUGCAUAUCUGUUGUUUUUCAAACAGGUCUGUCACCCCGAAGCGGAGCAUCCGGACAGCUGCAUCUGGAGCAGAGGAGCUAAGGAGCGCUGUGCUGUUUGAAGGUUUCUGCAGAAAAACACUGGAGCAAUGAGUCGCAUCCUCCAUCCACAGGUGUUGACCAUCUGGAUUACGCUAAUCUCCAGGGCAACAUCUGACCUGACCUGUGAAGCUCUGCUCCUGCUUUCCUUAAAUCCUACAGCUCACACUUUGAUCCUGUGGAAUCAGACGUCUAGUCCCACCAACUCUACAGGACUGUUCUGUAACACUUCGAUUGAUGGCAUUGGGACAUGCUGGCCCAGGAGCAGUGCUGGAGAAGUGGUGUCCCGUCCCUGUCCGGAGACCUUCCUCGGAGUCCGAUACAACACCACCAAUAAUGUGUACAGAGAAUGUCUUGCCAAUGGGACCUGGGCAAAGAAGGGAAACUACUCCCAAUGUCAGGAAAUCCUCAACGAGGAGAAGAAGAGCAAGCUGCAUUACCACAUUGCAGUCAUCAUAAACUACCUGGGACACUGUAUCUCUCUGGGAGCCCUGCUGAUCGCCUUCAUCCUCUUCAUGAGGCUCAGGAGUAUCCGGUGUCUGAGAAAUAUCAUCCACUGGAACCUGAUUACAGCAUUUAUCCUGCGAAAUGCCACCUGGUUCGUGGUCCAGCUCACCAUGAACCCAGAGGUGCAUGAGAGCAAUGUGAUCUGGUGCAGGCUGGUCACAGCAGCAUAUAAUUAUUUCCAUGUGACCAACUUCUUCUGGAUGUUUGGAGAGGGCUGCUAUCUGCACACAGCCAUAGUACUGACAUACUCCACCGACAAACUGAGGAAAUGGAUGUUUAUCUGUAUAGGCUGGUGUAUUCCAUUCCCCAUUAUCGUCGCAUGGGCCAUUGGCAAGCUGUACUAUGACAAUGAAAAGUGCUGGUUUGGGAAGCGAGCCGGCAUUUACACUGAUUAUAUUUAUCAGGGUCCCAUGAUCCUGGUUCUACUGAUUAACUUCAUUUUUCUCUUCAAUAUUGUGAGGAUCCUGAUGACUAAACUGAGGGCCUCCACCACCUCCGAGACCAUUCAGUACAGGAAAGCAGUAAAAGCAACACUGGUUCUUCUGCCACUACUGGGCAUCACAUACAUGCUGUUCUUCGUCAACCCUGGCGAGGAUGAAAUCUCACAGAUUGUCUUUAUCUACUUCAACUCUUUCAUAUACUCUUUACAGGGCUUUUUUGUGUCAGUGUUCUACUGCUUUUUGAACAGUGAGGUACGUUCAGCUGUUCGUAAGCGGUGGCAUCGCUGGCAGGAUAAGCACUCCAUUCGGGCACGGGUGGCACGGGCCAUGUCUAUUCCCACCUCUCCAACACGGGUCAGUUUCCACAGCAUCAAGCAGUCGUCGGCCAUCUGACCAUAACUGAAGCGAAGCAUCCGUCCCCGUUUCUUCUGCCCCUGCUCUUUCUGUCCUCAGCUAAUUAUCCACAUCCUCUGCAAAACCCAGGGAUAACAGCUAUGGGCCAAACAGGGUACGAUCCUCAGCUGAAACACAGAUGAAGGAUGGAAAUGUACACAGAUUAUGAGGUCCACCUGCCAAACACAGAGGAAAAAACUGUGUCAGAAAGAGAUUAGAGCAUUGGUGGUCUCAGACAGCGAUGGGUGACCGUGGGAGGAACCUGACACACACACCAAAAAAAAAUACUGGCAGAGUGUAUUUAUUCAAUAGACAAUAGAGAUAAAUGUCACAUCCUCUCCUCCUGAUCUCGAUUCUUCUCUGAUUGGAAAGCUCAUUUUAUUCCUAACUUGUUUCCAGAACUAUCGGAGUUGGAUAAAAUGGAAUAUACACUACAUGGCCAAAAGUAUUGCGAUUGUGAGCCAUACAUGUGUCUGAAUGGGAUCAAAUCCAUAUUCCAACAUCAAUUGGAAACCUUCCCAGAAGAAAGGAAGCUGUUAGGCAGGAUUAACUCCUUAUUAAUGCCAAUAGUUUUGAAAUUAAUUGCUUAGAAAUCACAUAUGGGUUCGGUGUUUAUGUGUCCUCAAGCUUUUGGCCAAUAUAGUGCAAUAGUUUUAGGAGUUUUAAAACAAAAUGACAUAAUCAGAGGAAGAAAAAAAACAGCAGAUUUACAAUCGGAAAACAAAAAAUAUCUUUGACAGAUCUCAAUGUGAACUUUCAUUAUUGCUAUUGAAUCUUUAACUGGAUACACUGGAGACAACUGUAUGGUGUUUUCUCUGAGAUGUUCAGAUUGUGACCCUUAUAAUUUUCCUUACUUUUCACUCGCUGCUCUUCAUUGCCCACUUCGUUGCAGCUAGUAAUAGUUCCCUCUGAUUGUCAUAAAUUCCUGUGAGCAAACUCAUUCAACAUGGACACUAUUUGCUUUGAUAUGAUGAGUGCAUCUAUUGUGUGUGUAUCGUACAGUGCGAGUGUGAAAACUGUAAACUGUUUUUAGAAAGAUGAAAGGUAUGUGUUAAUGCUCUCUAAGUCUGUUUGCAUCCUGGGACUCAAAGAUAUGUCUAAUCCCCUGGGAAAAAGAGGAAGGAAGCUCACAGGAAAGGAAACAGCAUCAUGAAAGGCUAAGGUAGAAGACUAAACACAUAACACAAUCUUUUAAAUAAGGGGUUUAUUACAGAACAAAGAAAGGAUUUUGAUUUUAUCCUUUAUUUGGAGCCUCAGCCAAGCGGGCGAUUGAUUGUAUUUCAAUUAACCACUCCAGGUCUCCUUUCCAUGCACAGUUUCAUAUAAAUUCCCAGUUAUCAAGCAGUUUUAUGAGAUGAUAAUAGUACAAAAUACUUGUGUAUUUGGAUUCUGGAGACUUUUUCAAAAGACUAAAUCUAAUUACACGCGACUGGAUGUUAUGGGUAGUUUUUGUUGCUCAAGAGCCUUAUAGUGAUAGUUCACCCAAAAAUGACAAUUCUGUCAUCAUUUACUCAUGUUGAUUCAAAAUAGUAUGAUUUUAUUACCUCCAGCAUUUGAAGAAUGUACACCACCGUUCAAAAGCUCAGUAAGAAUCUUUUUUUUCUUUUUUUUUUAAGAAAUCAAAACUUGGAUGGAUGCAUUAAAUUGAUCGAAAGUGUCCGUAAAUACUGUACAUACAAAACAUGAUAUUUCAAAUAAAUGAUGUUCUUUGAAACUUUCUAUUCAUCAAACAAUGCUGAUAAAAAAAGUAUCAAAGUUCCACAAAUAUAUUAGGCAGUAGAACCCUUUGUAACAUUGAUAAUAACAAAUGUUUCUUAAGCAGCAAAUCAGCAUAUUUGCAUGAUUUCAAAAGGAUCAUGUGACACUGAAAACUGGAGUAAUGAAAAUGUAGUUUUGCAUCAAAGAAUUUUUUUUUUUUUAAUCUAUUUGUUUUCUUUAUUUUGUAUUAAUAUUGUAAUAAUUAGGGUUAGGGUUAUAAAUUCAGACUUGGCAAGCAUUAGACACCUCUUUCAAAAACAUUCAAUAUUUUUGAACGGUAGUGUAGCUGGAUGCUUUAGUACACUUUCACUCCAGUAAGCUAUUCACUUGAGAACUGCAACAAAUCGGAUCACUGAAUCAAUGAGUUGAAUUGAAUCAGUUUGAUUUGUGAAUAAUUCUUUUAUUCACGGACUGGUUUUGUGAACUUGGUCAGCUGAUUCACUGAAAGUGUGAAUGAAUUUGUGCUUCACGGAAGAAAGAAAUUCCAAUGGGUUCAGAACAUCAUGAGUAAAUGAUGACAGUUUUCAUUUUGGGUGAACUAUCCCUUUUUAAAAUGUCAGUUAUUUCUAUGAAACAUGGUGCAUUUCAACAUUUACAUUGCUACUGGUGUUACAAGUGUGGACAGGAUAUUAUGGACAGCAGGGAAGGCACUGUGUCAUUUGUGGACCAUUUUUUCCCCUAGUUUCUUUGAAUAGCUGUUCUGUGUGGAAGUAAAUUGGAAAAAUAGACGAAUGGUGCAUUUUUGCUUCUCAGUUCAAAUCCCAACAGAAUCAGGCCAGUAUAAUUACCUCAGAAAAACUGCUUCUGUAUCAUUAGAGUCAAGAGAGAUCUGCAUGCCUAACAUUGGGUCAUUUAACCUCCAUCCAUGUGUUAAAACCCUCGCUAAGCUGAGCCACCAAUGACCGAGUCCUGUGACCGCUCACUGCUGAUUCAGAACAGUAAAGCAGAUUUAGCUUUUGUGCUCAUACAUCCAAUCAAUCACAUCUGAUGAAAAAAAACUGACUCAGGACCUUCAUCUAUGCCUCUGUGCUCUUCUGACCUUCCUGAAGUACUCAUUCAUGAAGGCUUCAGCAGAUUCCACAUUCAGUCAUGCUUGUUGUGUACAUGUCCAGUAGCACCAUAUAUUCGAGUUAGACAUCUAGUUGUGUAUAUAUUGGAAGACUAGCAUUGUGAAGUUUGUUAAUUACAAUAUAGCAUUGUGUAUACCUGACAAACUGAGGACCAAGCUCGUGUCACUGCUAGUAAACUGAAACAUAAGGUUUGUUUUAGUGUCGCUACUAAGUUUAGGACUAAGGCUUUGUUUGGUUUUAAAUCUAUGCUGUGCACGGUCAUUUUACAGUGAAAUCUGAUCCGUUUGUUCUGACAAUGUAGUAAAUGUACCUGGAUCCCAGCAGUUGUUAGUUUAAAGAGAAGGCGGAAGGUAGAAAUUGGGCCUCUGCGCACAUCCGUCAUGACAUCUUGCCACUGUGCUGAACUCACACAAGAUGCAUGAGAAAACAUUAGUGAUGGGCAUUUUAGCCAUUCAUGCAUAUUCUGUGUACAAAACCACCUGUUUGUUCACUGUUCGCUACAUAGUGAAGGCUUUUAUAUCUCACUAUAUGAGGAAAGGGUGAGAGAGUAUAUUCUGACACAGUUCCAAAUAACAUUGAGCACUUUGAAAGAUAUACAAAAGUUUGUGGUCUGUAAGAUAUUUUAAUGAAUGCUUUUAUUCUGCAUUAAAUUGAUUGUUACAGUUUUUUUAUUAUUAUUAUUUUAAAUAAAUGCUGUUUAUUAAACUUCCUAUUCAUCAA